ACAAGAAGAAGAACAGUAAAAGUAAAGUGUAAAUAAAAAUAUAUCUCGAAAUGAUUAUUUAUGGAGUGUAUAUAGUAAGUAAAUCUGGAGGUCUAAUAUAUAAUUUGGAUAGUAAUGUGCCCCGCAUAGAACAAGAACGCUCAUUUACCUAUCCGCUUGACUUGAUGCUGGAUUAUGACUCAAAGAAAGUAUCAGUAAUAUUUAAUAAAAAGGAUGGUAUCAAUGUUGGACAUGUUUUGACGGCUGUUAAUAGCACAUCGGUAAAUGGUAACACAAUUGAAGAUGGACGCGACGUGAAAACCGUUUUGGAAAACCCAGAAAACUAUCCACUCAACUUGAAAUUUUGCAGACCGAAAUUGACAACUAAUGAAAAAAUUGUGCAGGCGAGUACAUUUUACCCACUCUACGCCUUCGCCAGUCAACUCAGUCCAGAGCCCAAAAGUUCUGGUAUUGAAAUUCUGGAGGCUGAUACAUUUACCCUGCAUUGCUUUCAAACGCUGACAGGAGUUAAGUUUAUUAUAAUAUCAGAAACUGGCUUAAGUGGUAUGGAUAUGGUACUUCGUAAAAUAUAUGAAUUAUAUUCCGAUUAUGUAUUGAAAAAUCCCUUUUAUGCACUUGAAAUGCCCAUACGUUGUGAAUUGUUUGAAAACAAACUCAAAGCGUUGUUGGAAAUGGUUGAAAAAACUGGCAUUAAUAACCUAGACAAAUAAACCACCUAAAUAAUUCC